UGUUGAGCCAUGGUUGAUGUACGUUUCGCCGAAAGUGGAAACCUUGUGGGACUUGUUUACUGAUAAUUCUGGAAUAAUACAGGACGAACUGUGGUGAUAUAUUGAAGUUUAUUAGGCUAUAUAGUCAGGAUUGCCUUCCAUAUUCAGAGCAAUGGCAGGAGAUGAUCCUCCAUUUUUGCCCGUUGGCACAGAAGUUAGUGCCAAAUACAGAGGAGCAUUCUGUGAGGCGAAAGUGAAGAAGAUUGUACGAUCAGUGAAAUGCAAGAUUUAUCUCAAAGAGACCUUGACUUCCAUUGUUGUGACAGAUGACACAAUAACUAAAGGGUCAUUAAAGGUUGGUGCUACUGUGGAAUACAAGAACCCAGACACUGGGCAGCCCCUGGAGGCCACCAUCACUAAAUUAACAGACUGUAGCAUGUAUACAGUUGUUUUUGACGAUGGUGAUGAGAAAACACUCAGAAGAACUCAAUGUUGUCUAAAAGGAGAAAAACACUUCAUUGAAAGUGAGACUCUUGACAAUCUUCCCCUGUCACACCCAGAACACUUUGGAACACCAGUGAUGAGUAGCAAGACAAAGAGACGAAGUGGAAGACAAAGCUUCGGGAAUGAGGAGGAGGACUCAGAGGAAGAGAGUACAGACGAGAGCCUCCCACGGAGAGCUACGUACAAGGGGCGUAACCAGGAAUUGGUGGGGAAGGUCUUUCUGGCCGAGAUCGGGGAGAAGAAAAAACAAGUGUUACCUGUUCUGGUCGUCUUACCUGAUGCUCACGCCACGGAACUAAAAACCAAAGAUCACCUCCUGGUCAAGUCAUUCAAGGAUGGAAAAUUUCACACUUACCUAAGGAAAGAGUUAAAAGACUUCAGUAAAGAGGCAAUUGCCAAGAUUGAGGACAAGAAUGCAAAGCAAGCUUUGGAGAGAGCUGUGAGUUUCUCAGAGAACCAGGAACUGCCCAGUAACUGGGAGAGGGAGGAAUUACUGGGGACGGACGAGGAGGAUUUCUCAGACGAGGAAGAGGGAUCUGAUGAUGAGCCGAGUGAAGAGAAGGAUCGUUUUGUAGCUCAGCUCUACAAAUUCAUGGACGACAGAGGAACAUCAAUAAAUAGAAUGCCGACACUUGGAAACAAGGAUCUGAAUCUUUAUCGUCUCUUCAACAUUGUGCAAACUCUGGGUGGAUACAAUAAGGUUACAAAUCUAAACAAAUGGAAAGCAGUUGCUGGCAGAAUGAAAACAGGAUUACCAUCACAGAAUAUGGUGUCUCAUCAGCUAAAAACAGCAUACAAAAAGUAUCUACAUGCAUUUGAGGACUUCUAUCGGAAGUUGGGCAGCACCAUGGGCACAAUAAGUAGGCCAGGUCGGAGUCGUAAUAAUUCCGGGAGAGGAAUGGGGGUCUAUAAAGGGCAUGUCAAAGAACAAAAGGAAGUUACUGAGGAGAAGGAAGAUUCUAAGAGUGAUGGUGAAUCAGACACGGAGGAUAUGGACUCAAGAUCAACCAGGUCCCCGUCAAAACGAGAGAGAAUUACGAGACGAGAUCUAGACUCAGUGGUAAGAGAGAACCGAGAGAGGAGGGAUGGCAGCAAGGAUUCGCGGCGGAGCGACACAUUUAAACAGGAGGAGGAUGGCAAGAAGUCGGUGACAAUCAAAGAGGAGGCCAAAAAGACAAAGUCCGCAAAGAAACAGGAGGAGAAAAAAGAGAGCGAUGACGAGGAAACAGAGGCAGCAAAGCAUGAGGAAAAGAAAAAGACCAUCCGAAGGAGGUCAGCUAGAAAGGAAGAUAUGAAGAAGGAUGAAGAAGAGGAAGCAGAAGACAAGAAAACAGAGGUCAAGUCAAAGGCCAAGGUCACAGCAGGGAAGGAAGCAGAGGUCAAACCAGGAUUGAAGAAACAGGAAGAAGCAAAAGAGGCUAAGAUUGAAAAGAAAGAGGAAAAAAAAGUGGAUACUAAGAAAGAAAAAGCUAAGGUUAACAAAAAAGAAAUAAAGAAAGAAGUUGAGGAGGAGAUUAAAGAUUUGGAGAAAGUGGAGAAAAAAGCGAAGAAGGAAGGUGGGAAGAAGACCAAAAAUGAGGAGGAGACUACUCCAGGGAAGAAGAAGGUUAAAGAGGAGCCAGAAGAGGACAUGGAUAUCUCAGAAGAUUCCAAACCUGUCACAGCCAGUGAAUAUCCACUAGGCACAAAGCUUCAAGUCAGAUAUGGAAAAGGAAAGACAGAAAAAGUCUAUGAUGCAAAGAUUAUUGAAAUGCAGAAAACAAAUAAUGGACUCCAGUAUCUGGUACAUUAUGCAGGCUGGAACACAAGAUAUGAUGAAUGGAUCCGGCCAGACCAGGUGGUGAAUGUUCUGAACAAACCUACUGAUGUUUCCGCUUUAAAGAAGAAAGCCAAAGAAUCUCCUCCUAAAUCCCCCAAAGGACAAGCCAACAAGAAAGGGAAAUCCCCAGCAGCUGUCCCUUCUCCGUCUUCUGCAGCCGUACAGCGAGAAUCUCGACCAAUCAAAAGAUCUCCAGCUCAUGUCUCCAACACAGCACCACCCAAACCAAGCAAACAGCCGCGACCGACGCGAUCCAGCAGUGUGGAACAGAGGCAGCUAGACAGCCUCCCUGGAAAACCAAGGAGAACACGUAGAUCUUCGGGUGUAACAGAAUCAUCAGACUUGGUUUCUCAAGGAUCAGUGAGUGAUGAUAACAAUGAGUUUGAGGGAGACAUUGAAUCUGACGGAACAGAGUCUGUAGAGCUGCGGUCUGGCAGAGACAAAGAUGAGGUGUCUGAAAAGUCAGAGGACUUGAAGAUGGAUAAAUCUGAUGAUGAAAAGUCAUCAUUGGUAGAUUAUGGUAAAAUCAUGGAUAAGAAAACAGACAUAUUGGCUGUAGAGCAGGAUUUGCUCAACAAAGCUGCAGAAAUCGAAAAAGUUGUUGAACUUGGUGAAGUUAAACAAAACAAGUCGGCUGAUUCAAAGCCAGACAUUAAAGGAAAGGAAGAACAAUCUGAAAAAGUUGAGGAUCAAGUUGUAAAGAGUCCUCCAAAACUGGACAGCUUUGGAAAAAGUCAAGAACUUUUUCCAGCAAAGGACUUGGAAAUGCCCACCAUUCAGGCCAUUGAUGAACAGCCCUCAGUCGGAUCACCAGCAGGAAGUAAAGAAAAGAAAGAAGAUGGGAAAAUCAUUCCAAAGGAAGUUGAUUCAAAGGAACUAUCUGAGGAUGUGUUACCUGGAAAGGUUGUAAAAGAAGGUGAGGGAAGUCCCAUUAGGGGUGGGGAUGACAGGUUUGAAUUCAAGGAUGAAGAAGAGGCUGAAAAACUCCCUGAAUUACCACUGGAGAAGGAAAGCAAGGAGAAAUCAAAGGUGACAGAUUCAAAGGAUAAAACAGAAGUGGAAGUGGAGAAGAAGCAGAGAGGAAGAAAGAAAGACCCAAAUAAAGCUGUGGAGAAGAAGGAACCAGUGAAAGAGAAGAAGAGAGGAAGGCCCUCCUUGGCUUCCAUAGCAGAAAAGAAAGCAGCCAAUCAAGUAACAGCCAAAUCCCAGGAGGAGAGUGAGUCCAAGAAAACAAAAGAAAAGUCUGGAGAAGAUAGCGGAGAAGUUUCCAUGGUUUCAGUGAACAAGCAGGAGGAAAUGGCUUUUGAACCUGUCACCAAAAACGAUGAAGAAAUUACAAGAGAGGAGAAUGAAUUCGAGAAGAAGAAAGUGAAAAAGAAACUAAAAAGAAAAGUUGAAGGAAGCAGUGACACAGAGAUGGAUAAGAAAGAAAAGAAGGAACCCGUCAAAGGACCAGGGAAGUCCAGCAAAGCAGAAAAGACGGUGAAAUCCAGAGGGAAGAAGGUGAAGGAAGAGGAGGAGGCUGACUCUGUGUGUGAGUGGGAGGAGACUAGUCAGGGGGAAAGUGACAUUGUGUCCAGUGACAAAUCUCAGACUGUGAUAACAGCAGAAUCAACCACAGCGAGUGCUGAACAUUCUGAAAGUGCUACUACAGAUAUUGCAAAAGACAAUGGUGCCAACCUUACUGAAUCUUACUUAGAAUCAAAAUCAGAGGAGUCUAGUGACUUCAAGUCCUCCGCCAGUCACUUACCAAACUCAAGUGCUUUGUAUGAAAAUACCCCACCCUCCACACCUGAACAUGAAAUGGAUGCUCCAACUUCAGCCCAAGAGCUUACCGAGAAUCUGGUGAAGACUGAGUGUAACAGCAGUAAUGAUCAGCAGUAUGGAAGUGAGUCUCCGUCAGGUAACGCCAGUCCGUCUUCCAAUGAUGGCAGCGUGGGAAGCGGCAAUGUGGCAUGUUCCGAGAGCAGCAAUAACGAGGCACCUGUUCAUACUAGUCUAGGCAAACGCAGGAGGGAGUCAGAAGAUGUCACACCCACAAAGAGGAAGAGGAGGGGGAAGCAAAAGUCGGAGAGGAAGCUGAGCAAGCAGACAGGGAGUGAUAGUGAUGAAGUGUCAGAAAGACGUUACAGUCCCGAGCCAGGAAGUGCUUCUCCAACCAAAGCGACCACCCCGGUCAGGUCUCAGUCACAGCGGGCUCCUCGAUAUCAGCUCAAUCUGGAGGAAGGCAAAUACUUGGAAGGAGAGAAGAGAAUUUCUUUCCUAAUGGAGAAAAUUCAAGAAAUACGCAAAAUUUAUAUGAAUCUCAAAUCGGAGGUAGCAUGUAUUGACAGACGACGUAAACGUGCUAGAAGACGGGAAAGGGAGAGAGAAAGUGCUCAGAAUUCCUCCAGUGGUACUCCAGAGGGGGAAACCCCGCGGUGACAAUGAAUGAUUGGACGAUCAUCGUAUUCAUCAUUUUUAACCCAGUGAAACUUUGGAUUCACCUCUGCAUUGUUCUGAUGUGUUCAGGAAAAACAACACACCCACUGAAUCUCCAAAGGAAAAGGAUAUUUCUCCAAUAGCUAGGCUGUUGAUGUAGCAUUAAUCCUUUGACCUUUUUAUUCUGAUUCCAAAAACAUACACUGAGUUAAUGAAAAUACAAUAAUCUUGAAAUGUACAUAGUCUAUUUUAUUACAGUUUUCUGAUAGUUCAGAUUGAUGCUUGUUUUACAUAUAAUAUUUAUGUAAAAAGAAAAUGCAAGAGGUUUUCUUACCAGUGAUUUGAUGGGUAAAAAAAUGUUAACAUCAAAUUUCCCAAAAUGAUGCAUGGCAUAAUUUGGGAUUUUUAUCUUAGUUUGUCCUGUGCCAGUAAUACACAAUGUGUGUGUUUUUAGUUUAAAUUUGUCAAUGUUACAGGCAGCAUUAGAGUUAUAUUAUAUUUAUAGGUACUGAGUCUAUAUGGUCCAUAGAAAACUAAAUUAUUUCAGAUUUUACAGGAGACUUGAAUAGAGACACUUUAUGUCUUGGGUUAAAACACUGCCAAGGUAUUUAUCAUGAAUGGUAGGUUUCUUUGUACUGUUAGAGAGACAUGUUAAUCAUUUGUAGAAUUAUUAGGUUUAUUAGGGCAAUGUAUAUUUACACAAUCAAGCAAGUAGACCUAGUUCCUUGUUUUGUUUUUCCCUUUUUUCAUCAAUAUUACAUCUAAAUUAUCACAUAGAAAUAAUGUUGAGGCGACAAAAUGCAGGAUUUCAUAUUUAUUACGGAACUUGUGGAACAUUCAGGUUUUUCAACAUGUUUGUGUACAUGGUGUACAUGUGUUGCAAAUCUCUCUCUUUUUUUUUUUUUUUUUUUUUUACACCUAUGGGAAGUGUGCAAUUUUGUAAAAUAUACAAUACAAGUAUAUUUUUAAAAAAAAUUCCUAACUAUUUUUUUUUCAUUUUCCCAAUUUUCUUUAUAAGAACAAAUCAUUUUCAUCAAUACAUGCCCAAACCAAUUUAUCACUUUUUUUUAAUCAAGUUUCUUGGAAAAAAUCAGCUUAUUUUCAGGUUUACCUGUGAGAUUUGUAGAACCUGCAUGUCAGGUAAUGCUCAGGAAAAUUAGAAAACCAAACUAAGCACAGUCAGCAAUAGUAGACAGGUGCCCCGCAGUGUCAGAACUUAGAGUUAAGGCUGAAUAAGUACAAGUUUUUAAGGAUCAUUUUAUUGCUGAAUUCAUGAGAUUGCUUUAAACAUACAAAAAAUGGUCCUUGUAUUUAAUCUAUUUAUAGAAUGCUUUCGUAUUAAGGAGCAUUCCAAAGAGAAGAUUUUUAUGACAGAUCUAGCAAUGUUAUUGUUACAAUCAAUUGUAGGUUGUAAAUGCUGUUAAUCCAGCUCAAUGUGAUACACAUUAUUUAUUUCACUGAUGCUUAUGAUUAUGUCAGUAAUAUGACUCAAGUCAAAUACAAUUUGAUUUGAUGAAAUAUUUAUGAACUUCUGUCAGAGAAAUUUAAAACUACAUGUAUGUUUCUAUUUAAAGGGUAGAUGUAGAAUGCCAAACCAACAUUAUAUACAUACAGAGCAGGGAGUGACUAUUUCCUACUGUGUAUUGUGUAUACAUGUAAUAAGUUGGUUCUUUUGAUGUAACAUUUAUGUUCAAGCAACUGGUCUACAAUACUUGUCAUGUUUUAUAAAAGGCCGUUAUUGAAAUGUUGAUAUGGCCUUGAUCUUGAUGAUGUUAGAAUAACAGUACACAGAUUUUUCUGUGUAACAUUAGAUUUUUUGUACAGUUUAUUCUUAUUUAUUACUCAUCAAUAAACUGUAGAAAUUUAAA